AAUAGUUGCCAUGGCAGCGGCCGGGGCGCUUGGCUGGGCGCAGGGAAGAUGGCGGUAACCGGUUGGUUGGAGAGUCUCCGGACCGCCGAGAAGACGGCGCUGCUGCAGGACGGGAGAAGGAAGGUGCACUAUUUGUUCCCAGAUGGAAAGGAAAUGGCCGAAGAAUACGAUGAGAAGUCAGGCGAACUACUUGUGAGAAAGUGGCGUGUGAAAAGUGCCCUGGGAGCCCUGGGCCAGUGGCAGAUUGAGGUGGGAGAGCCAGCACUCCCAGGAGCAGGGAGCCUGGGGCCUGAAUUCAUCAAGGAAAACAAUGCCAAUCCCAUCUUCAUGCGCAAGGACACCAAGAUGAAUUUCCAGUGGCGGAUUCGAAACCUCCCCUACCCUAAGGAUGUCUACAGUGUCUGUGUGGACCACAAAGAGCGCUGCAUCGUUGUCAGAACCACCAACAAAAAGUACUACAAGAAGUUCUCCAUUCCUGACCUAGACAGACACCAGCUACCUCUGGAUGCGUCCUCGCUGAGCUUUGCUCAUGCCAACUGCACGCUGAUCAUCUCUUACCAGAAGCCAAAGGAGAUCCUGGUGGCUGAGGCAGAGCUUCAGAAGGAGCUAAAGAAAGUGAAGACAGCCCACAGCAGUGAUGGGGACUGUAAGACCCAGUAGCAGCUCCCCCCAAGCCUACACCUCGGGGGCAUGGAGGGGGUGAGACUUUUCCUGUUGGCCCAUGAGACUUUGAGGCUUGGGCCUUUCUGGUGCAAGAAAGCUCCUUGCAGGAGCUAUCCAGCCUCUGUGAGAACUGGGCCUUGGGGCGCUCUUAGACCCCACAUCAUGGUCUUAUCUCCUAAGUAAAGUCAUUCUGAGUCAUUGCGGGUA